GUCAGAAACUGAGAGAGAAUGGCUUCGACCCCAAGGGGAAAGGAUCCACUAGCAUGCUGGAUGACCUGGUAGGAAUCUCAACACAAAUUGUUCUGGAGUGCACCAUCCUCCACCAGGGGUUAAUGUGGGAUGUUGUAUACAGUUAAACGGUCGACUGUGUUUAUGAUUAUUUCAACAUUUUUACGAACCCUUUACUUAAUGUGUCUGUGCUUCCAUCCAGGCCCAUUAUGACUUGGCCAUAAGUGUUGCCCUUUGGUGGCUGGAGAAAGAGGAGCGACAUGAUGUGAUGGACAGAGACAUCGUGUAAGAACAUUGAUGAAACAUUGACUUCCAAACACAAUAACACUUGAUUGUGUCAUGUCCUGAGUAACCUUGUCUGAGAGCUGAAGACUUCUGCUCUUCCUUACCUAAUACCUUGGUUUUAGCUCUAAGCUACCCUGGUAAAUCCCUUUAUGACAACUGAUGAUAUAAAAAGGGUUUUAUAAAUAACAUUUGAUUGAUUGACUUUGUUGUUCCCUGUAGUGGAGUGGGCAGCCCAGGGUAUAAUGACCAGUACCCCAACCACCUGGAGAGAGAAGCCAUGAUCCUCUCUUCCUUCGCUGGGAUGAUCCUGGUGAGUAGUCCGGGUACUGAGGCAUACAGUAUGCCAGGGGUUGUGAGUCUAGCACGGCUCAGUCUGUAGUCUUACUGACCCUUAGUCGUCCUUGUAAUCUAGAGGCGUUUGGUGGAGUUGGGAGUCUAGUACCACAGCUCAGUCCAAAGUGUCAAUGACCCUUAGGCUAACCUCCCUUGUUACUACACAAUGAAUCACCAGUCUCCAAAGCCAUGCUCCUCUGUUGCUAAACUUUGACUUAAGAUACGUUAUAAAGGUUUUGUAUAAUUUCAACCAGUAGUUUUGAAAGUAGUGCUCACGAGCCAAAACAGGUCUCUGAAAAUUGUGCACAAUUGUGUACUACGUAAUCUAUUUCGUAUGAUACAGUAUGUUACGCUUACAAUUCGUACAAUAUGUUAAAAAUUUGUUGUGCUUAAGAUCCCGUUCCCGUUCAGUCUCUAAGUCAGGUGCAACAGUAUAUUUCAAACUGGGCAGCAUUACCUAGUCCAUGAUCUUUCACUGGGUUGACCAUGUAACUGGUCCUUUUAUGAUUAUUGUGGUUUAAGUGUUACUAACUAUAUAUUCCCCUCUGCUCUAACCUCUGUUCUGCUGUCCUCUCUGCUCCAGAAUAGCUUGCCUGUAAAAGACAUUCUAGCCCUCUACACCAACAAACCGUCUGCCGCUUACCCUCACCAGCACUACAAGGUAGACUGAGUUUAGAAUACUGCACAUUUCUCUCUCCCCAGUGUUAGUAUAGCCUAAUCCUACAGCCUAGCCUUGUCUGUGUGGGAAGGCAGUAUAAGGGGAUAUAAUAUAUAACAUACACUGAGUGUACAAAACAUUAAAAACACCUUCCGAAUAUUUAGUUGCCCCCCCCCCCCCCUUUUGUCCUCAAAACAGACUCAAUUAAUCGCAGCAUGGACUCUACAAGGAGUCGAAAGCAUUCCACAGGGAUGCUGGCCCAUGUAGACUCCAAUGCUUCCCACUGUUGAGCAUGAAAAACCCAGCAGUGUUGCAAUUCUUGACACAAACCGGUGCGCCUGGCACCUACUACCAUACCCUGUUCAAAGGCACUUAAAUAUUUUGUCUUGCAUAUUCACUCUCUGAAUGGCACACACAAAACAAUCUAUGUCUCAAUUUUUUCAAGGCCUAAAAAUAAUUAUUUAACCUGUUUCCUCCCCUUCAUCUACACUGAUUGAAGUGGAUUUAACAAGUGACAUCAAUAAGGGAUUAUAGCUUUCACCUGAAUUCACUUGGUCAGUCUGUCAUGGAAAGAGCAGGUGUUCUUAAUGUUUUGUACACUCAGUGUAUAGUAAGUAAGUAGGCCAUCAGCCUCAGUGUAGUGCUAGCUGGUCUAUAAUGAUCAUGUGCAGUGGUAUAAUGCAGUGCUGCUCUGUAUACAUAUUCUGUAGGCCUAUAUGUACCACUGCAUUGUAAGACAUUAAUGAGAAGGUCUUAAAAUAAAAAUAGAUCUGAUGACUGUCUCUACAGAGCGCCAUUGUUCAUCCCUUCACCUUGUCCUACCACCCGUUUGCCAUGCUGGGCUCAUUCAAGGCCGUGGACCACUCCAGAAAGCACAGUAUGUCAGUGUGUGUGUGUGUGUGUUCAUCCUACACUACCAUUCGUUAACACAUCAACUAUGCCAGUCUCCCUCUACCUCGCUCACAUGUGACUUGCCCUUCCUCACUUGUGUUUACAGUAGUCUAUAGAACAAGUUAUGUAAGAACCCUGACCAGUAUUGGCUCCUCUCUGAUUAUUUUCCUUCAGCCCAGAAAUUGAAGCGGUGGCUGUCUGUGCAGGGUAAAGGAGGUGCUGCCCCUGCUGGACGGAGGGCCUUGGUGCAGUCCUCCUCAUCCACAUCUAACUCCUUCCUCAGUGUGAGUGGCAAUCAUAGACAUACACUCCCCUAUGUAUUUGGACAGUGAAGCUACGUUUUUUUAUUUGGUUCUAUACUCCAGCAUUUUGGAUUUGAGAUCAAAUGAUUUACAUGAGGCGACAGUAAAGAAUGUCACCUUUUAUUUGAGGGUGUUUUCAUACAUAUCUGUUUUACUGUUUAGAAAUGAAUGCACUUUAUGUAUUUAGUCCCCACAUUUGAAGGUGUCAUAAGUAUUUGGACAAAUUCACUUAUAGUGUAUUACAUUUAGUCAAAAGUUUAGUAUUUGGUCCCAUAUUCCUAGCAUGGUCGUUCCACGAAGAGUGCCUUUGAUAUUUUAAGUAGAAAUUGUGCACCACUAUUGAAUUUUAAAAGCCUGUUAUAUUAAAUGAAGUUCCCUUUAAUAUAGACCACAUUGGAAAAUCCAAUAAAUCAUGUUAACCUCUCACCAUUACCAAUAACAGGGGAGUUUUUUCUUGGGGAUAUGAUAUUUAUGCAUCUGUAACUUUCUCACUCAUCAUUAUUCAUGAUUAAUUCAUGAUUAUCCAUAAUCAUGGUAGCAUCCACAUUAAUGUAGAAGUGUUCAGAAACAUAUUAUAUUGUUAUUUAUAAUAAAAGUGACUCCAAAAUGACACAAUACAUUAUAACAUUCAUUUCUAUUGAGCACAACAACCAAAACAAACUGCAAAUGCAUCCAACAAGUUUGUAGAGUCACAAGCUUGAUGUAGUCAUUGCGUGCUAGGAAUAUGGGACCAAACACUAAACCUUUGACUAAAUGUAAUACACUAUAAGCGAAUUUGUCCAAAUACUUAUGACACCUUCAAAUGCGGGGACUAGAUUCAUAAAGUCCUUUCAUUUCUAAACUGUAAAACAGUAUGAAAAUACUGUCGCCUCAUAUGAAACAUUUGAUCUCAAAUCCAAAAUGGUGGAGUAUAGAGCCAAAUUAAAAGUUUUAGCUUCACUUUCCAAAUAAAUAUGUUUGGGGAGUGUAUAUAUUCACAUAUUGUUUAUAUAAAUCAUUAGUGACAAUAGCAUGUACCCAUGCAUGCCAUUUCAGCCCACAAAGGUUAAGUUUAACUCUCUGACUCUGAGAAUACUUUACAUUUAAAGCGGUUGUGAAUUUGAUCAUUUCAACAAACAUCCCAACCUUGUUAUAAAGUUGAAGAAUACUGUUGGAAGGGACUCUACUGCCAUCUUGUGUUUUUAACUGGAAGUUCUCUUUACUGUCCAUGUUUUCUGUCCCCUACACAGGACAGUGGUGAGUCCUUGAAGGAACAAACAGAGCAUUAUGAAGGAUCACAAGAAUCUCUGCAGGAUUAAGGAAAGUCCUCUCAUCCUCUGCCUUACUUCACCGUUAUUACAUGGUUAUUACAGGGUUAUUCCUGGGUUAAAAAUGUUAUUACACUGUGGGUGAAAAUUCUGAUGUCCCUGUUAUAAGCUGGUACUACUGGGCCUUCACAUUCAAGGAACCCUGGCCAAUAGUAGUAUCAAUCCUCCAGUGUGUAAUCAUAUCACUAGGGGUUUCCUCUAUAUUUGGUUGUAGGUCAGGCCAUGUCCAUCUAUAAGCAAUACAAAUGUUUGACUACAUCAUAGACAUUACUGUACAUACUUUACUGUACAAUAAACCAUUCACUGUCUGUAAC